UAUCCAGAAAGGUGCCAGUUGUGUUCUGCCUCUAAUUUCUGUAUUAACAGACAACCAAAUAAACCGCCACCAUGGGAGAUGGUGAGAUGGAGUGUUUCGGCCCCGCGGCCGUAUUCCUCCGCAAGCCAGAAAGGGAGAGGAUCGAGGCUCAGAACAAACCUUUUGAUGCCAAAACAGCAGUCUUUGUUUGUGAGCCCAAGGAGAUGUACCUCAAGGGUACACUCAAGAGUAAAGAGGGUGGCAAAGCCACUGUGGAACUUCUGGAAAGCAAACAGGUGGUCACAGUCAAGGAGGACGAAGUCUUCCCCAUGAACCCUCCAAAGUAUGACAAGAUUGAAGACAUGGCCAUGAUGACCCACCUCAAUGAACCUGCUGUGCUGUUUAACCUCAAAGAGCGUUACGCAGCAUGGAUGAUCUACACCUACUCUGGGUUGUUCUGCGCCACUGUGAACCCCUACAAGUGGCUCCCAGUAUACGACGCUAAAGUUGUCAGUGGAUACAGAGGCAAAAAAAGGAUUGAGGCUCCACCCCACAUCUUCUCCAUCUCUGAUAACGCCUAUCAGUUCAUGCAAACUGAUCGUGAAAACCAGUCCGUCCUGAUCACUGGAGAAUCCGGUGCAGGAAAGACUGUGAACACCAAACGUGUCAUCCAGUACUUUGCGACAAUCGCAGUGGUUGGACAGAAGAAAGCAGAGGCUUCUGCUGGCAAAAUACAGGGGUCGCUGGAAGAUCAAAUUAUUGCAGCCAACCCCCUGCUGGAGGCUUAUGGUAAUGCCAAGACUGUCAGGAAUGACAACUCCUCCCGUUUUGGUAAAUUCAUAAGAAUCCACUUCGGUACUACAGGAAAGCUGUCAUCUGCUGACAUUGAAACUUAUCUGCUGGAAAAGUCAAGAGUCACUUUCCAGCUGUCUGCUGAGAGGAGCUACCACAUCUUCUACCAGCUCAUGACUGGACACAAACCAGAGCUGCUUGAGGCGCUGCUCAUCACCACCAACCCCUACGACUAUCACAUGAUCAGCCAGGGUGAAAUCACAGUCAAGAGCAUUGAUGAUGUGGAGGAGUUCAUAGCCACAGAUACCGCUAUUGACAUCCUGGGCUUCACCGCUGAUGAGAAAAUAAACAUCUACAAGCUGACCGGUGCUGUGAUGCAUCACGGCAACAUGAAGUUCAAGCAGAAGCAGAGGGAGGAGCAGGCUGAGCCUGAUGGCAAUGAGGUGGCCGAUAAAAUCGCCUACCUCUUGGGCCUGAACUCUGCUGACAUGCUGAAAGCUGUGUGCUACCCCAGAGUGAAGGUCGGGAAUGAAUAUGUGACCAAGGGCCAGACUGUACCUCAGGUGAACAAUGCAACAAUGGCUCUCUGCAAGUCCAUCUAUGAGAAAAUGUUCUUGUGGAUGGUCGUUCGUAUCAAUGAGAUGUUGGACACAAAACAGCCAAGACAGUUCUUCAUUGGUGUGCUGGACAUCGCUGGGUUUGAGAUCUUUGAUUUCAACAGCUUGGAGCAGCUCUGCAUUAACUUCACAAAUGAGAAACUGCAGCAGUUCUUCAACCACCACAUGUUUGUGCUGGAACAAGAGGAGUACAAGAAAGAAGGCAUCGAGUGGGAGUUCAUCGACUUCGGUAUGGACUUGGCUGCCUGCAUUGAGCUUAUUGAGAAGCCAAUGGGCAUCUUCUCCAUCCUUGAAGAGGAGUGCAUGUUCCCCAAGGCUACUGACACGUCCUUCAAGAACAAGCUGCACGACCAGCAUCUUGGUAAAAAUAAUGCCUUCCAGAAGCCAAAGCCUGCCAAAGGCAAAGCUGAGGCCCACUUCUCACUGGUGCACUACGCCGGUACUGUGGACUACAACAUUUCUGGCUGGCUGGACAAGAACAAGGAUCCACUGAACGACUCGUGUGUGCAGCUGUACCAGAAGUCUGCAAACAAACUGCUGUGUAUGCUGUACGCUGCUCAUGCCGGUGCUGAUGCUGAUACAGGUGGAAAGAAAGGUGGAAAGAAGAAGGGAGGUUCCUUCCAGACCGUCUCUGCUCUGUUCAGGGAAAAUCUGGGCAAGCUGAUGACCAACUUGAAAAGCACUCACCCUCACUUUGUGCGCUGCUUGAUUCCUAAUGAGUCCAAGACUCCAGGACUGAUGGAGAACUUCCUGGUCAUCCACCAGCUGAGAUGUAACGGUGUGCUGGAGGGUAUCAGGAUCUGCAGGAAGGGAUUCCCCAGCAGGAUCCUCUAUGGUGACUUCAAGCAGAGAUACAAGGUCCUGAAUGCCAGUGUCAUCCCAGAGGGACAGUUCAUCGACAACAAGAAAGCUUCAGAGAAACUCUUGGGCUCCAUUGAUGUCGACCACACCCAGUACAAGUUUGGACACACUAAGGUGUUCUUCAAAGCCGGUCUGCUGGGUACCCUUGAGGAGUUGCGAGAUGAGAAACUGUCUAAUCUGGUGACCAUGACUCAGGCUUUGUGUCGUGGCUACCUCAUGAGAAGGGAGUUUGUCAAGAUGAUGGAGAGGAGAGAGUCGAUCUACUCUAUUCAAUACAACGUCCGCUCAUUCAUGAAUGUGAAACACUGGCCAUGGAUGAAGCUCUACUUCAAGAUCAAGCCUCUGCUGAAGAGCGCAGAGACUGAGAAGGAAAUGGUCGCCAUGAAGGAGAACUUUGAGAAGAUGAAGGAGGAUCUGGCAAAGGCACUGGCCAAGAAGAAGGAGCUUGAGGAGAAGAUGGUCUCUCUGCUGCAGGAGAAGAACGACCUGCAACUGCAAGUGGCAUCUGAAACUGAGAACCUUUCUGAUGCUGAGGAAAGGUGUGAGGGACUCAUCAAGAGCAAGAUCCAGUUUGAAGCCAAACUCAAAGAGACCAACGAGAGGCUGGAGGAUGAGGAGGAAAUCAAUGCUGAGCUGACUGCCAAGAAGAGGAAACUGGAGGACGAGUGCUCUGAGCUGAAGAAGGACAUUGAUGAUUUGGAGCUAACCUUGGCCAAAGUGGAAAAGGAGAAACAUGCCACUGAGAACAAGGUCAAGAACCUGACUGAGGAGAUGGCCUCUCUAGAUGAGGGCAUCGCCAAGCUCACCAAGGAGAAGAAAGCCCUCCAAGAGGCACACCAGCAAACUCUGGAUGAUCUCCAGGCAGAGGAAGACAAAGUCAACACUCUGACCAAAUCCAAGACCAAACUUGAGCAACAAGUUGAUGAUCUUGAGGGCUCUCUGGAACAAGAGAAGAAGCUCCGUAUGGACCUUGAGAGAGCCAAGAGGAAGCUUGAGGGUGACCUGAAACUGGCCCAGGAGUCCAUAAUGGACCUGGAGAAUGAUAAGCAGCAGUCUGAUGAGAAGAUUAAGAAGAAGGACUUUGAAAUUAGCCAACUUCUAAGCAAGAUUGAGGAUGAACAGUCACUGGGUGCUCAGCUUCAGAAGAAGAUCAAAGAACUUCAGGCUCGCAUUGAGGAGCUGGAGGAGGAAAUCGAGGCUGAGCGUGCAGCUCGUGCUAAAGUGGAGAAGCAGAGAGCUGAUCUCUCCAGGGAACUUGAGGAGAUCAGCGAGAGGCUCGAGGAGGCUGGUGGUGCCACCUCUGCUCAGAUUGAGAUGAACAAGAAGCGUGAGGCUGAGUUCCAGAAACUCAGGCGUGAUCUGGAAGAGUCCACUCUGCAGCAUGAAGCCACAGCCUCCGCCCUGCGCAAGAAGCAGGCCGACAGCGUCGCUGAGCUUGGAGAGCAGAUCGACAACCUUCAGCGUGUCAAACAGAAGCUGGAGAAGGAGAAGAGUGAAUACAAAAUGGAGAUCGAUGAUCUGUCCAGCAACAUGGAGGCUGUAGCCAAAUCAAAGACUAACCUAGAAAAAAUGUGCCGCACCCUAGAGGACCAGCUGAGUGAGUUUAAAGCUAAGAAUGAUGAAUAUAUUCGACAACUGAACGACAUUAGCACACAGAAAGCACGUUUUCAGACUGAGAACGGUGAAUUAAGCCGUCAGCUGGAAGAGAAAGAAGCACUUGUUUCUCAGUUGACCAGGGGCAAACAAGCUUAUACACAGCAGAUCGAGGAGCUUAAAAGACACAUUGAGGAGGAAGUCAAAGCCAAGAACGCUCUGGCUCAUGCCGUCCAAUCAGCCCGUCACGACUGCGAUCUGCUCAGAGAGCAGUUUGAGGAGGAGCAGGAGGCCAAGGCUGAGCUGCAGCGAUCACUGUCCAAGGCCAACAGUGAGGUGGCUCAGUGGAGAACCAAAUAUGAAACUGAUGCCAUCCAGCGUACUGAGGAACUCGAGGAAUCAAAGAAAAAGCUUGCUCAGCGUCUCCAGGAGGCUGAGGAAUCCAUUGAGGCUGUGAACUCCAAGUGUGCCUCCCUGGAGAAGACCAAGCAGAGGCUGCAUGGUGAAGUAGAGGACCUCAUGAUUGAUGUGGAGAGAGCCAACGCACUGGCUGCCAAUCUUGACAAGAAACAGAGGAACUUUGACAAGGUCCUGGCAGAAUGGAAGCAGAAGUAUGAGGAAGGCCAGGCUGAACUGGAGGGAGCUCAGAAGGAGGCUCGCUCUCUCAGCACUGAGCUCUUCAAGAUGAAGAACUCAUAUGAGGAGGCUCUUGAUCAUCUGGAGACUCUGAAGAGAGAGAACAAGAACCUGCAGCAGGAGAUCUCUGACCUGACUGAACAGAUUGGUGAGACUGGAAAAACCAUACAUGAACUGGAGAAGGCCAAGAAGACAGUGGACACUGAGAAAUCAGAAAUCCAGACAGCUCUUGAGGAGGCUGAGGGCACACUUGAGCACGAAGAGUCCAAGAUUAUCCGUGUCCAGCUUGAGCUCACCCAGGUGAAGAGUGAGAUCGACAGAAAAAUUGCUGAGAAGGACGAGGAGAUCGAGCAGAUCAAGAGAAACAGCCAGAGGGUGAUCGAGUCCAUGCAAAGCACUCUGGACUCUGAGGUCAGGAGCAGGAACGAUGCUCUCAGGGUCAAGAAGAAGAUGGAGGGAGACCUCAAUGAGAUGGAGAUUCAGCUGAGCCAUGCCAACCGCCAGGCGGCUGAGGCCCAGAAGCAGCUCAGGAACGUCCAAGGGCAGCUCAAGGAUGCCCAACUGCACCUUGAUGAAGCUGUAAGAGGACAGGAAGACAUGAAGGAACAGGUUGCCAUGGUGGAGCGCAGGAACAACCUGAUGUUGGCAGAGAUUGAGGAGCUGAGAGCUGCACUGGAACAGACUGAGAGAGGCCGCAAAGUGGCUGAACAAGAGCUGGUUGAUGCCAGUGAGCGUGUGGCACUGCUCCAUUCUCAGAACACCAGCCUGAUAAACACCAAGAAGAAGCUUGAGGCUGAUCUGGUGCAGGUCCAAGGUGAAGUAGAUGACAUAAUCCAGGAGGCCAGAAAUGCUGAAGAGAAAGCUAAGAAGGCUAUUACAGAUGCUGCCAUGAUGGCAGAGGAGCUGAAGAAGGAGCAGGACACCAGUGCUCAUCUGGAGAGGAUGAAGAAAAACCUUGAAAUUACAGUGAAAGAUCUGCAGCACCGUCUGGAUGAGGCUGAGAACCUCGCCAUGAAGGGUGGAAAGAAGCAGCUCCAGAAACUGGAGUCCAGGGUCCGUGAGCUGGAAUCUGAGGUUGAAACUGAGCAGAGACGUGGUGCUGAUGCUGUUAAAGGAGUCCGCAAAUACGAGAGGAGAGUGAAGGAGCUCACCUACCAGACUGAAGAGGACAAGAAGAACGUUAUGAGACUGCAGGACCUGGUGGACAAACUGCAGCUGAAAGUGAAGGCCUACAAGAGGCAGGCUGAGGAAGCUGAGGAGCAGGCCAACACUCACCUGUCCAGGUACAGGAAGGUGCAGCACGAGAUGGAGGAAGCUCAGGAACGUGCUGACAUUGCCGAAUCCCAGGUCAACAAGCUGAGAGCCAAGAGCAGAGAAGUUGGAAAGGGCAAAGAUGUGGCUGAAUAAAAGAUGAAGGCCAACAACACUGGACACCAACGAGCAAUCAUAUAAUAUGCAUUUCUUGUUGAACGUCUAUGUACAUGCAGUUCAAUAAAACUGUAUUUAAGAUCUAA